UGGUGUAAAGUCAUGGAUGCAGGAUCUUCAAGACUUGGCUUAUGAUUUAGAGGAUGUGUUGGAUACAUUUGCUACACAAGCUCAAAUUUACGAGUUGAUGCUUAAGGAAGAUGUGCACGGCCGUGUUUUGAAGAAUAACGACCCCAAUUUUGCUAGUUCACCUAGCAAUAAUAUGGUGCAAAGCAUUGUUGUUAGUGGAUCGAAAGCUUUGGAGCAUCUGUCAUUCAUGUUCAAUCCCGGCCAAGAUUUAACAGCAAAGAUAGAAGAGAUUAAUCAGCAGUUGAAAGAAAUUUUGAGCCAGACUAAGGGCUUGGGGCUUUCUGUACAUUUGAUGCAGCAACAAGUUGAACCUCCAACAGCAGGACGAGGAUGGAAAAGCUGGCGGGAAUCAACUUCUUUGUUAUGUGAGCCAUUUGUUUAUGGGCGGGAAGGUGACAGAAAAGAGAUCAUAAGUCGACUAUUGAAUGAUGACAACUCAAUAACCGGUAAUAACUAUGUUGUAAUUCCUAUUGUUGGAAUAGGAGGCAUUGGUAAGACAACUCUUGCUCAGCUCAUCUAUAAUGAUGAGGAAGUGGAUGUGUUUUCUGUAAAGGCAUGGGUUUAUGUAUCUCAAGUGUUUGAUGCUAAAACAAUAACAACAUCAAUUAUUAAUUCAAUCACUGGUGAAAGCAACACUUUUUGUGAUCUUGAUCAAGCUCAAGUACGAUUGAAGAAAGUGCUAACAGGUAAACGAUUCUUGAUUGUGCUUGAUGAUAUAUGGAGUGAUACAUAUAGUGAUUGGGAUGUAUUACGAACCCCAUUAAGAGCAGGAGCGAAGGGAAGUAGAGUUGUGGCUACUACAAGAAGCCAGAAAGUUGCCUGGAUCAUGACUCCAAAGCUGAAUAGUAUGAUUUUGUUGGAGGGUCUCUCAAAUGAUGAUUGUUGGCGUAUAAUUGUACAAAAUGCAUUUGAUGAUGCUGGUGUUUCUUUAAGCCCAAAUUUUUGCUUAAUGAGAGAUGACAUGACAAAUAAGUGCAGAGGCCUACCCAUGGUAGCGAAAGCUCUUGGAGGUCUUUUGAGGACUAAAGUGGAGGAGGAUGAGUGGCAAGAGAUUCUUCACUGUGAUACUUUGAGGAUGAGCGAGAGCAGGGUAUUAGAGGUAUUGGAGUUGAGUUUUCAUGACCUCCCAUCACAUCUGAAACGGUGUUUUUCUUAUUGCUCCAUUUUUCCAUAUGAUCACGUAUUUAAAGAGAAGGAUGUCAUUUUAUUGUGGAUGGCUGAAGGCUUUUUACCUGAAAAUGUAGGAAGCAAGCAAAUGGAAGACAUAGGCCAUGAUUAUUUUCAUGAUCUAGUAUCACGAUCAUUUUUUGAACCGAGCAUAAAGGGAUCAGAAUACUUCAAGAUGCAUAGCCUACAAACUGAUUUGGCCAGGGAGGUUGCAGGUAAAUUAUGCUUAGCAAUAAAGGAUUGUUCAGUAAAUAAAGAUUGGCAGAAGGCUUCUUGUAGAGCUCGAUAUAUAUCCUUCUCUAAACUAGAUGAACCUGAAAGAUACACUGAUACCGUUUCCUUGAAGGUCAGCCACUUUCGUACUUUUGCUCAUUUUGACAAGCAUAUAUUUUCUGGUUCUUCAAAUCGAGUACUUGAUCUAAUAGGAAUGUUUCAAUGCAUGAGGGUGCUACUGCUACCUCACAUGGGACUUACAAUAUUUCCAGAAUCCAUAGGCGAUCUUAAGCUCUUACGGCUUCUCAAUCUCUCAUACAAUAAUAUUGAAGAAUUGCCUGGAUCCUUAAGCAACCUUGUUAAUCUCCAAACUCUGUUGUUGAAGGGUUGUGACAAACUUCAAAAGCUGUUGGAAAAUAUGAGAUGCUUAAUCAACCUUCGUCAUGUGGAUAUUGAUGGCACCUCUGUGCAUGAGAUGCCGUUGGGGAUUGGGAAUCUGACAAACCUGCAAGCAUUGAACAAUUUUUUCAUAGGAGCAAAUGCACCCGUUAUAAGAGAUUUGAAGAAUUUGAAUCAUCUUAGGGGAAAGCUAACUAUAACUGGCUUGGAAAAUGUGUUAAGCUCCAAUGACGCAAGAGAUGCAAGGCUGUAUCAGAAAUCAGGUCUUCAUGAGCUAGAGAUGGUAUGGGAUUGGGGAAACUUUAUUAACGGGGUUGAUGACAACACUAGAAUAGAUGUGCUUGAUCAAUUGGAGCCUCACAAAUCUAUCAAAGUGUUAACUUUGAGGAACUAUAAAGGUGUGGCAUUCCCAAGAUGGUUGGGAGACCCUUCUUUUACUAAGAUGGUUAUUAUAAAGCUAGUAGGUUGUGAGAGAUGUGAAUCUUUACCACCACUAGGGAAGCUGCCAUCAUUGAAGGAGCUUGAGGUUCAAGAAAUGCGUGGUCUUAAAGUCAUAGGUUAUGAUUUUCAUGGUGUUGAUUGUUCAAAUCCUUUUCCGGCAUUAAGAACUAUGAGGUUUAAGUCUAUGACUUCUUGGGAGAGUUGGUUACAGUCAGCUGAUAACAGGGGAUUCUCUUGCCUUCAAGAGCUUUCAAUCAAGGAUUGUUCAUCUCUACAGCAAUCUUUACCUUCAUGUCUCCCUUCACUACACACACUAGAGAUACAACGUUGCAAGCAACUCUAUGCCUCUCUUCCAAGCCUCCCUCGACUCCAAAAGUUGAUAAUAGAUGAUUGUUCAUCCCUUGUCAUGGUUGAUCAGCUACCUCUGACCCUUCGGCAAUUAGUAAUCUCUAGUUGCCAGAAACUACAGUUCGUGGAAUUCAGGGAAUCAUAUUCUUCUUAUGAUGGAAAACUUACUCUGGAGGUUCUGGAGGUUGUCAACUGCCAAUCUCUGUUAACAUUGUUGAGUAAAGAUCGCCUCAAAACCCUUGAAUCUCAUAGUUCUUUUCCCACUUUAGGAUUAACAGAGAGAGGAAAUAUUUCUUCUUCUGAUCUUUCACUAUUUGAAGAAGGUUUGAGUCCAUCAAAACUUGCUAACCUCACCAAGUUAACAAUAAGUGAAUGUCCCUAUCUCAUCUCAUUUCCGGAAGAUCUUGUUCUCCCUGGCCUACGAAAUCUUCUGAUAUCAGUUUGUCAAAACCUAGAGUCCCUCCCGAAUCAAAUGCAUAACUUCACUUCCCUCCAAGACCUUAUUCUUACAAAUUGUCCAAAAAUCCACUACUUCCCAAAAGGCGGUCUACCCAUGAAGCUGAUUUCACUCUACAUGGAUGGACUCAACAUUGAACAACCAAUGCAAGAAUGGGAGUUGCACAACCUCCAUUCUCUUGAAAAGCUCUCAAUAUCCGAAAUUGGGUGCUCUUCAAAUUCAGUAUACUCAUUCCCAAAUGGGGAUAUUCGUCUUCCCUCAUCAUUAAUUGGAUUAGCCAUCAGUGGUUUCAUAAAUGUGAAAUCAGUAUCUUGCUUGGGUACUCUAAAUCUCACAUCCCUCUAUGUUAGGGGGUGUCCAAAUCUUGAAUGUUUUGUUGACAAUUUUCUUCCUCCUGAACUUAGAGAAUUAUGGGUUGUUCAGUGUCCUGUGCUGAAACGUCGAAUGGAAAGGGAUCCUCUUCGUCACACUCUAUCAUGCAUUACUCAUCUCCGUUUUUGCUAGUCUUUUGAUGUCCCUGUAAUGAUAAGAUGAUACCAUGUGAAUACGUGACUAUAUCAUACAUCCCAACUAUGCACUAUUUUUUAAUAUGUUGUUCAAUGUCUUUCCUACUUUGUCUAUUGUUCAAGUCUUUUAUUGCUUUUUAUUUUCUUGAUUUCAGAGUACUGCAUUUCUAGAAUGAACAGAAUGUAAAUUCCAGAAACUAGCAUUACAGAUCAGAUAAACUGAUUUGAAAAAAUAUAUGACGUCUG